AUGGGGAGGCUGUUGCUGUGGGCUGGGCUGGUUCUUGUGCUGAGACACCACUAUGGUGCUGCCUACAAACUGGUGUGUUAUUUCACCAACUGGGCACAUAGCCGACCAGGCCCUGCCUCAGUCUUGCCCCAUGACCUGGACCCCUUUCUCUGCACCCACCUGAUAUUUGCUUUUGCCUCAAUGAACAACAGUCAGAUUGUUGCUAAGGAUCCCCAGGAUGAGAAAAUUCUCUACCCAGAGUUCAACAAACUCAAGGAGAGGAACAGGGAGCUGCAAACACUACUGUCCAUUGGGGGCUGGAACUUUGGCACCUCCAGGUUCACCACUAUGUUGUCCACAUUCGCCAACCGUGAAAAGUUUAUCAAUUCAGUCAUAUCCUUCCUGAGGAGACAGGACUUCGAUGGUCUCGACCUUUUUUUCUUGUAUCCUGGACUAAGAGGCAGCCCCAUGCGUGAUCGGUGGACUUUUGUCUUCUUAAUCGAAGAGCUCCUGUUUGCCUUCCAAAAGGAGGCACAGCUCACCAUGCGCCCGAGGCUGCUGCUCACUGCUGCUGUCUCUGGAGUCCCACACAUCAUCCAAACAUCGUAUGAUGUGCGCCUUCUAGGAAGAUUCCUGGAUUUCAUCAAUGUCUUGUCUUAUGACUUUCAUGGGAGUUGGGAAAAGUUCACAGGACAUAAUAGCCCCCUGUUCUCUCUUCCUGAAGACCCCAAAUCUUCGGCAUACACUAUGAAUUAUUGGAGAAAGCUUGGGGUGCCCUCAGAGAAGCUCAUCAUGGGGGUACCCACCUAUGGACGUACCUUUCACCUCCUCACAGCCUCUAAGAAUGGGUUGCAGGCCAGAGCAAUGGGACCAGCAUCUCCAGGGAAGUACACCCAGCAGCCUGGCUUUCUGGCUUAUUAUGAGAUUUGCUCCUUUGUCCAGGGAGCGAAGAAGCACUGGAUUGAAUAUCAGUAUGUCCCAUAUGCCUACAAGGGGAAGAAGUGGGUUGGCUAUGAUGAUGCCAUCAGCUUCAGUUACAAGGCAUUGUUCAUAAAGAGAGAACAUUUUGGGGGGGCCAUGGUGUGGACGUUGGACAUGGAUGAUGUCAGGGGCACUUUCUGUGGCACUGGCCCUUUCCCCCUUGUCCACAUAUUGAAUGAUCUUCUCGUUCAGGCUGAGUCCAGUUCAACUCCUUUACCACAAUUUUGGCUCUCACCUGCUGUGAAUUCUUCAAGAACUGACCAUGAAAGCCUGGCUGUGACCAAGGCAUUGACCACCGAUAUUAAGAUUUUGCCCCCAGGAGGAGAGGCUGUGGCCACUGAGAUUCAGGGAAAGUAUGAGAAUAUGACUACAAUCCCCCAAGGUGGAAUUGUGACCCCUAGAAGGGAAACUGUGUACCUUGGAAAGGCAACUGUAGCUCCAGGAGGGAAGACUGAAGUCCCUGGGGCAGAGACCUUGAUCCCUGUGGACCAUCAGUCUGUGGCCACUGAAGGGACGAGUAUAGCCCUUGUGUACCUUCAGACUAUGACACCUGGAAAGACAACAGUAGCCCCUAGAAGGAAGGCUGUGGCCCCUGAAAAGGUGAUUUUCCCCCAGAAACAUGUAGUCACCCCUGACAGGCAGACUAUGACUCUAAGAGCAGAAAUGGCUUCUCAGAUGCAUGCUAACACUAGGAUGGAUGGCUUUGGUCUUUAGGUGGAAGUUGAAAACAGAAUGCCAUCCUCUGGCCCUAUCACCCAGCUCCCAAUACACAGUCCUCUUGCUUUUGACUUUGUUCACAUUGAUGGGAACCAUUCCUCUGUCAGCUCAAUAACCCUUCCAACAAGUUCUCUCUCAAAAAAAGAAAACCCAGAAAACUCUGCUAUGGACCAAGGAGAGCCUUACCUCUACUUGUAG